CCAUUCCGUCAGUGACCUGAAUAAGACCCUUACCGCCUUGGGCUAGCUUCACUACAAAAUUGAUAAUGUGGAUGAAGCUGCGCUGUACUGUCCUUUCGCUAAGUCUCCUUCUACUUAGGACCAGCCCUACACUGCUGCAUAUCCCCUGCUUGACAGCCAAGCAAUCCGAGCAAAGCCCAGCAGGAGUGGGAGUACUGUCCCGCUAGGAACAAUCGUAACGUUUUGGGCGUGUACAAGCCUCUUGAUGGUGCUCGGACGAAGGUGCGAAGACAAGAAUAUCUGAGUAGACAAGAGCUCGGACGCGGUCGCGUCACCCUUGUUGGACUCUGUUCUCAGUGCAGAGUCCUUGUACUUUGGUGCAUUCCUCCUUCGUCCUUUUUGGUUCCGCCUCUGCUCCCGGCUCAUGUACGCCCAACAACCUAACGACCUACCCUCGCUAAAGUUUACAUCCAUCCCACUGAUCCAAGGUUACCCGAAUUGGAACCCCAAGAACGUUCAUUCUACAUACCUCAAAACCGCGAGCUCGUUAGCUGUUGCGGACAAGGUUAACGAUAAUGUCCAACCGAAUCCAGAUGAGAACUUUUCCGACAUAAUUGUUAUCCAUGCCGGUUCCCGUAAUCUUCGCGUGGGCAGAGCAUCUGAUGCGUUCCCAAAAGAAGUACCGCACGUUAUCGUGAGGAAAGUUCGCGAAACCAGAGACAGCACAGAGGUCCAUCAGACCAGAUCUGCCAAUCCGGGCGCAAUCGCCCAAACUUUUCCAGACACAAUUCGGGAUGAGCCGGGCUUGUAUGAUCCCAUCCAGGAGGAUAUACGGCAUCGCAUGCGAACGCAGAAGAUCCGGGCUGUACCGAACGCGCAUAGUCAAGUAGUGGGCUUCAAUUCGCAGGCUACGCCAGAAACGAUACCGGAUCAUAAUGACCCUUAUAAAAUAGAAUGGACAGAGCUCAACGAUCUAGAGAGUUACAUUGUCGGGCCAAAGGCUCUGCGUAUCGUGAGUCCGCAAAAUUUUGACGAAGACGAGCCUUCAGAUUCAGCAAUAGUCUAUCGUGCCUUUUAUCCAAUCCAGCAUGGGAUGCUAAAUAUGUCGGACUACACGUCAAUAUGGGGUUGUCUAGCCGAUAUGGAGACUAUAUGGAGCGAGAUUAUUGAAAGCGAACUCGGGAUUUUGCGUUCUGAAUUUGGAUCAUACAAUGUCGUGUGGUUGGUGCCGGAUUUAUUUAGUAAAGCACAUGUGCGUGAAAUGACGACACUCCUGCUGCGUAACAUGGGAUUUCGGGGAGUAACAGCACUCCAAGAAUCUGUGGCUGCCACAUUCGGCGCUGGGAUUACAACUGCAUGCGUGAUUGAUAUUGGAGCACAGAAGACCAGCAUAUCAUGCGUAGAAGACGGCAUGUGUGUUGCAGAUACAAGAGUCAAUCUCAAAUACGGAGGCGAUGACAUUACGGCAUUCUUGAUGAAACUUUUAUUGAAUAGUGCUUUUCCGUAUACCGAUUUCAAUCCCAAAAAGAAUGUGUAUGAUUGGCUCCUUGCAGACGAACUGAAGGAAAAGUUUUGCACGAAUAAUGAGAUUGACAUGACCGUGAACCUAUGCAACUUUUGCGUUCGCGCUCCCGAUCAACCAACUCUGUUGUACAGGAUCAAGGUUUACGAUGAGGUGGUGACUGCUCCCAGGGUCCUGUUCCACCCCUACGUGAUUGACUUCUCCAAAAAGCUACAGCAUGUUGCUUUUCGCGAAACCUAUUUGGAUUACAACGCAGAGGAUGACACGGAGGGAGAUGAAUUGCCGCACAAUGCAGGAGUUGCAGCAGCCGCAGCCUACCGUUCUUAUAUCAGCCAUCCGGCAGAACUCGCCACCAACGGGAAACGCAUACGCGAGUCGAAAAAUGCGGACAGCGACAAAUUUCCUGAGGGUCAUAUUCCGAAUACAACAGACCUCGAGGUGGAUAAUCAACCCUCUGCUGCCGAUGUGCUAUCAGUAGAUCCAAAGCUAGCGAGUCCGACGCAAGGAGGAGCAAUCCGUUACGAGGCUGGGGGGAAUUCUGCGCAAAGUCCAGAAGUGACAAUAGCAAAUACAAAAGGAUUCUCUGAAGCACCCAAGUCACCGGAUGAUGUACUUCAACCACCACCGAUAAUGCACUUCCUCCGACGGCGCCGGUUCAUGGGAACGUUAUCUGAGAUAUCCUUUCCUCUUGAUGCAGCGUUGGCACACUCCGUUGGCCUAUACGCGCAAACUUAUGCAGACAUGAAAGAUGGCGACCUAGAAAUACGCGUUCGAAAGCUGUGCUCUUCGAUUCUGGUAGUGGGCGGCGGGGGAAUGGUACCAGGAUUGGCGAAAUUGCUGGAGGAGCGGCUUGGAACAGUAUUCCAAGGAACGCCAUUAAAAGAAAGGCUCGCAGCAGCGUCAGCUACUGGAGCUACUCCCGCUCUGACUCCGCGCCUAUUGCAAAACCCGCGCGACAUUGAUUCUAGAGUGCUGGCGUGGAAAGGCGGAAGUGUGUUCGGAAAAUUGGACAUGACACAUGAUCUGUGGAUUGGACGCAGAGAGUGGGAGAUUGGGGGAAUACAGAAGACGAUAGGAAAAUGGAUGUUUGGAUGGGACUAGGGGUGAUAAUUGCCAACAAUACGGAAGCCUGUGUCGGCAACCGUAGUCUGUACUAUAUACACUCUUGUAAAUAUUUGCUACAAAUGACUUAGCGUAUCUUACUCUGUGCA